AUGGGAACAGGUUUCAAACUGCUGCAACGGCCACAUAUGAUUGUUGUCGAUGAAGGACGGUCAAUGAAAGGACCGCGAUGUGACAUUGUUCACGACGAUUUAAUGUUUUGUAAAACACCAAACUUGGAAAUUCCUCAUGACAGGCGCAAACAUCCAACUGUUGACGAGCCGCUGCUACUGGACUACGGCUUUGAACUGGAUGGAGUUCGUACUGAAAAUAUGUCGCAAAUGAGUGGCCUCCGGAAGCGCCACUUGGCGGUGUUUCCGGAUCCGGUGGUCGAAAAAUUUAAUGACAUCCGGUUCUAUCGCCCAGGUGACUAUCUUACAAUAAAUGGUCGAUAUCUGGAUGCGGCAGCGAAAGAGCGAGAUAUUCUGGUGACCGUAGGUGGUGAGCCGUGUAAUUUGACUGCACUAGCAAAUCGUGCUCUCACUUGUCAGCCACCGCCCGAAAGACCUAACACGCAGAAGAAUUAUGAUGUUGAUCCGGACGUAGUUGUGAAAAUAGGUGAUGUAAGGUAA